UAUCACUUUGUUUGUUCCAAUCAAUUUCGCUUGCUCCUUUAAACACCAAUUUCCGCCUCAAAGAGAAAACUGAUUGUUCGCCGAUUUUAUUGAUCCUAGACGUCGCUUGACUGGAACUUUUUUUUGAAUUGUCGCAGUUCAUAUCCAAUCCAAAAUUUUGCAGAGAUCACACCGCAGCUGGCAAAAAAUGGCACCUAGAAAAACACCAACGAGAGUAGCUUCUCCAAUAGCGUCGACCAAAUGCUGUCGUCUGGUGCUAUCCACUUCACUUGUGAUGAUGACGCUGAUAGUUCUUUUGAGUGAACUUAGUGAUGCCUCCUCGCCUGGUAUUGAGGAUGGGCCGGGAAUGAAGGGGUGUCCAGAUAAUAUGUUUUCCUGUAGUCAAUCGAGACUCCACUGCAUAAAAAAAGAAAAACUAUGUGACGCGUUCAUCAAUUGCGAGAACGGUGCCGACGAAGCUGCCGAACUGUGCAUCUGGGCGGGAUCAGAUUACUACUACGACUACUACGCAGACAGAAGCCAAGUUCGACACUAUGAGACAGACGGUAUAAUGAACUCAUAGCAUUGAGAACGUACCUGUAAUAA